UAACCACAAAGUAUUUGACGGUCAUCUUUCAAUUUGAUUCCCAAAAUUUCCAACGUCCUACUUGAUGCGUUAUUUACUGUUAGUUUCCAUUUUUAUCGCUGAUGUUAUAGCUGAAAAUGAAAAUACAACUGUUGAAUUUAUGCCAAUUGGCAAGGAUAUCACGGUGGCACCAGUUAACGCUGAAACGAGGAAGCCUGAAAUAAUAUCAUCCAGAGUUUUCAAAGAAGACGGUAUAAAAUACACUGAAAUUAUACGAAAAACAUCACCCGGUGCUACACAAACUGUUCAUAUCAAAGUGGAUGAGAAUCCGUCGAUAUUGCCAGUACCUGUUCCAAAUUUAUCAGGAUUAAUGAAGCGACUUCAAACAACACUUGCAAAGAAAUUGGAAGUUUCUUCUCGUGAAUAUGAUCCACCAAUAAGAACAACAACUCCUGAAUAUUUUCCUCCGGUAACGGCCACAAUUGUACGGGCAGAAGGACCAAUUAAUCAACGGCCAAUAGGAUUUGAUCCACUGCCAAAUUACCAGUACCCACCUCCUCCUUAUCCACCAAUGAUGUAUCCUCCGCCGUCGUAUAGUCUGAUGGGACGAGUUGGAAGUAUGACUGAUAACAUUCUGGAUAAUGUCAUGGAAUUUGUGUUAGGACGUCGACGACGCUGAACUAUUGCGAAGAUUUGAUUUAUUUUUUGUUGCAAAAUGAAGAAAAUGACAACUUGAAAUAUAAAAAGUCAUGAAAAGAU